AUCCGAAACACAACCAAGCAAAAGGGGUUGGAGUAUGAGGAUGAGGCUAGCAAACUAGUAAAAGAGUCUGUGUGGAAGCUGUUAAAAAGAGAUUCUUUCCUCUCCCUGAUGGCUUCUCUUCUUCCCUUUUCUCUCCCAAAACCAAAUAUAAUUAGGGCUUGUUCAUCAUCAUCUGCAACCACCCUUACCAUACCAGAGACUCUUGAUGAGAAGUUCGGCCGGAAAGGCAUCAAGUUCUUGGAGUCUGACAAUGUUCCAAUUGUGGAACUGACUGUCAGAAAUGGCAGCUCCGUAAGGCUUCGAAUACCCGAUGCCCAUGUCACUUCGUACAAGCCAAAAGUCUACUGGAAGGAUGAUGGGUUCGAGGAGGUUCUUUAUACGAUUCCAGCUGGUGGUGCAGAUUCUACGAAGGCCAAGGGUGGAAUAGGCUUGGUCAUCAAUGACGUAUCAGAACCUGGUUCUAAAGGGUCCCCUCUUCUCUCAACUUCUAAAUGGACCGUUAAAGAUGUUGAUUCGGAUUCCAUCGAUGCUCUUCAGGUUGAAUUGAGCUGCACUUGCGGAACACUUGGUAUUACCUAUGUGGUGUCACUCUAUCCACUAAGCAUGGCAACAGCUGUUAUAGUAAAGAACAAUGGCCGCAAGGCAGUGACUUUAACAAAUGCCAUACUGAGCUAUUUUAGAUUUAAAAAACGAGGUGGGGCGGCCAUCCAAGGUCUUCGGGGCUGUUCAUACUGCUCACACCCGCCUCUAUCUUCACCUUUUGAAAUCUUAUCUCCAGCAGAAGCAAUGAAAGCUGAGUCUCCAGGAUGGUUCUCUUUCGGUUCUGAGCCUGAAGAUAAACCGGGCUCUUGGGCUCUGCAAGAUAUACCUUUCACCAUUUUGAAAAACAAGUUCACUCGAGUCUACGCUGCCCCUCCCAAAGAAAGAUUGAAGGCAUUUUUUAACACACCACCUUCAAAAUAUGAGACACUUGAUCAGGGACGUGAGCUCUUCUUCAGGGUGAUACGGAUGGGUUUUGAAGAUAUUUAUUUAUCCAGCCCAGGUUCCUUGUCAGAGAAGUAUGGCAAGGAGUACUUUAUCUGCACUGGCCCUGCUUCAAUGCUGGUGCCCGUGGUUGUGAAACCCGGCGAAGAUUGGAGGGGGGCACAGGUUAUUGAGCACGAUAAUUUGUAAUAACAUCUCCCAAAGAACUUUUGAGUUAGUUAUCCUUUACAAAGAUUUCAAUUGCAAUUAUAAAUUUUACAUUGUAAGUGGAGUGUUCACAUAAUUCAUUACCCAACUUGCUCC